GCAUCUCAAUCAAAUCUGGGUCGAGAUACCAAAGGUUCAGCUGACAACUGGUCAGCCUCCAGGUUGUGGUCUCUGCGGGGUAGAUUUUUUUUCAUUCGCCCAACGCCAACGCCCAUACCAAACCACUUUUUCAACAGGAGUAUCAACUUGACAGAUAAUCGAGCUAUUGCUACAACCAUAAUGUCACCUAUUACAGCCCCAUUCGGUCAAUGGAAGAGCCCGAUCAGCUCCACUUUGCUUGGUGCUGAUGGUGUGCAGUUCGAAUCCAUUGCAGUAUCGAACGGAAAGAUUUAUGUCAUCGAGGGUCGACCUAAAGAGCAGGGACGAGGCUGCGUUGUUGAGUACUCCGGUCGUGACGGACGUGAUAUCUUACCGGUCAAGUAUGACGCUCGCACCAAAGUUCAUGAAUAUGGCGGCGCAUCGAUGAUUGCUUUUGAUGGGCAUAUCAUCUUUUCUGAUCGGGAGACACAGGAUCUGCAUAAACUGGAUCCCUCCACGGGUCAUGUAGAGCGGAUCACCACGACAGACACUGCUAUCCGCUAUGCGAGCACUUCCGUUAUGGGCUCUUUGUCUAAUAGUCACGCACAUUCAGGAUGGAUUUUGGCGAUCGAAGAAGACCACUCCAAGCCCUUGCCAUCGGAAGUUCGGAACCGACUCGUGGCGGUAAACAUACAAUCCGGAGACAUAGUCAACGUCGCCUCCGGUGAUGAUUUCUACAGUGCUGCUCAGUUCUCCCCCAAUGGCAGCAGAAUAUGCUGGACUCAGUGGUCUCAUCCAGAUAUGCCAUGGACAGGAGCCCGUCUGUAUGUGGCUAAAUGGAAUAAUGGCGAGAUCACAGAUGUCCACCUUGUCUCGGGCGUACCCAAGAAAGAAAGUGUUAGCCAGCCACGAUGGGGCCUCGAUAAUACAUUGUACUUCACUAGCGAUUGUUCGGGGUAUUGGCAGCUCUAUCGGACUCGAGUUGAUACCUUGGAAUGCGAACGGAUAGCCCUGCGUGGCUUAGAAGAAGUGGACUUUUCGCAGCCAGACUGGCGUCUAGGGAACUGCACAUACAUUUGUCUGAGUCCGACUUCGAUGAUCGCGUCGUACACAAAGAAUGCUCGAUGGAGCUUCAUAAUGAUAGAUCUGUCAAACGACUCCUGGCGAGACCUCAAUGUGCCAGUGACAGACACGAUUAUUCUAGCAGAUACUCCCCUCUCAGACACAAAGAUAGCGCUUCUUGGUUCCAGUGAGACAAGCUUCAACACUGUUUUUACAUUGGACACCGACACCCUCAAUAUCAAUGCACUCAAGGCAGCUUCCGACUUCCCCAUGCCAACUUCUCUUGUAUCCAAGCCGGAGCAUAUAUCUUUCCCAAGAGUUCAUGGCGAGAACUUGGAAGGGAUGGCACAUGCCAUCUUCUACCCACCCCAGAACCCAGAUUAUCAGCCACCAUCCGGAGCACUGCCACCUUUGAUCGUUUGUGUCCAUGGCGGACCAACGUCUCAAACUGGAACCGGUCUGAAUACUACAGAUCAAUACUGGACUUCUCGGGGCUAUGCUGUUGUUUGGGUAAAUUACGGAGGUAGCUCGGGGUACGGGAGAGCAUACCGGGAUAUUUUGAAUGGCAAAUGGGGACUUAUUGACACGGCAGAUGCUGCUAGCUGUGUGUCAUAUCUGGCAUCCACUGGCCGCAUUGAUCAAACCGGAGUCGGUAUUCGCGGCCAAAGUGCAGGCGGAUACAUCGUGCUCCAAGCCCUCUGUGAUUACCCCAAUCUCUUUGCCGGUGGAAAUUCUCUGUACGGCAUAGGCAAUGUCAAGGCUCUCUGUGAGGAUACUCAUAAGUUCGAGAGCCAUUACGCAUUCGCCUUGUUGUUUGAUCCUAAUGCAGAUGAAGCCGAGAAAAACCGCAUUUUCAGCGAACGCAGUCCCUGCUUGAAGGCAGAUAAAAUCACUGCGCCGCUGUUGCUGCUGCAAGGAGACGAGGAUUUGGUCGUUCCUAUGAACCAGGCGGAGGAAAUGGUCGAAAUGAUGACAAAGGCUGGUCGUGAGUCUAAGCUAGUGGUUUUCCAUGGAGAAGGGCAUGGAUUCCGGCAGGCGAAGAGCCGGAUUGCAGCUGUACAGGAGGAGGAAAGUUGGUGGAAGAAAGCACUACUGAAGAUGGAUUCGGCGGACAUUUAA